GCACGGAGAGUCGGCGGGCGUCCCGCGUGCGCAAAGAGCCGAAAAAGCAGGAACGAAAGGCGGCAGGCGCGCCGCUCUGUCCGGCCCAUGUUUUCCAGAGCACUGUUUGCGGAGAAGCCCCUAAGCGCGAAUGCUGCGCGACCCAAAAGGUCAUCAGACGGCGUUCGAUGCCCCGCUCCCGAGCGCCCACCUGCCCUCCUUAGCCGCCCCCAGGGCGAUGAUUUUUGUUUCUUUUACAAGUUAAUUUACUGCGCUCAUUCUGACGACUCACUGACGCCAGCCCGCCUUCUCCUCUGACUGGCGGCUGCAAUGGGCCAAUAACUGUUAUUCAAGCCGUGAUUGGCGUCCAGAGCUAUCCAGUAAUAGGGCAGCGUAGAAAAAAGGUCGACCUGCCUCCUCAGCCGAGCGGAGCCAAUGGGCGGCUCGACUUUCUGAAUAAUUAACUGAAGUGUGGAGGGGAGUGACGCAGGAGCUUCCAGAUGCUCGCGUUUUCUUCUUCAUCUCACAUGAAAUUGUGGGGAAUUCGUGGGAUCCUCGGAGUCGCCUUUCGUUGUCGCCUAUCGCCCGCCUGCCGGUACUAGGGACGCUCCGCUCCCGGCCUCAGGACCCCGAUCGCAGCCGUGGAGCAGCUUUGCCGCCUGCAUGGUGUUCUUCUGUCGGCGUGUCGACUGGAUGCCGUGUCGCCGCUGAAAAGAUGCCGCAGCCGAAAUCCCGCAAGAUCGCAAUUUUGGGUUACCGCUCCGUGGGGAAGUCUUCGCUGACAAUUCAGUUUGUUGAAGGCCAGUUUGUUGACUCCUAUGACCCCACCAUUGAAAACACAUUUACGAAAAUGAUCACAGUAAAUGGUCAGGAGUACCAUCUUCAGCUUGUUGAUACGGCUGGUCAGGAUGAAUACUCCAUUUUUCCUCAGACAUACUCAAUAGACAUCAAUGGCUACAUCCUGGUCUAUUCUGUCACAUCUAACAAAAGUUUUGAAGUUGUCAAAGUCAUCCAUGAGAAGCUGCUGGACAUGGUGGGGAAAGUUCAGGUGCCCAUUAUGCUGGUAGGAAACAAAAAGGACCUGCAUAUGGAAAGAGUCAUUAGCUGCGAAGAAGGCAAAGCUUUAGCAGAAUCUUGGAAUGCAGCAUUCAUGGAGUCUUCAGCGAAGGAGAAUCAGACAGCAGUUGAGGUGUUCAAGAGGAUCAUUCUGGAGAUGGACGGAGGAGCACCACCAGGGAGGCCAUCGUGCUUCCUCAUGUAGAGCACUGCUGCCUGCCACUGCUCGACCCCUCUACUUGAAGAGCCUAAUUGCCUCUUUUCUUCCCAGAUAGAUAAGCGCCUGCUUUCCUUUUUAACUUGGAGAGAUGAUCAGAGCUUCCCCAUCCUACUUUUUGCAAGAGCAUCACUUUA